AUGGAUUACGUAGCGCCAACCACACAUCGUCAAAAGCACUCCAAGAACGAGAAAAACGACGUAAACACGCCUGACUUUCGACUAAUUCGUCGCAAGCGGCCGCGCACUCCAGAGAUCGACCAUAAUGCGCUGUCAACGCGAGUGUCUCCCGUGAAGACGCCACGUUUGAUGAUGCUGCCUGGACUUGCGGAGCUGUUGGCUGCACAGAAACAGCGCAACGAGGGCGUUGUUGCUGAUGCUUCACUUAAUGUGCUGUCAUGUGUAUCGACUGCCAAUCAGGAACAGGAACAACAGAUUAUAGAGACAGAGGAGGAGAUUGAGCUCGAGGACAAGACGCCCUGGCCUUCAGCCAAGCAAUACCACGACAUCUUCUUUACGCCCAGGACGGAGCUUCAAAUACCAGUAUACGACGACCUUGGAGUGGACCCUCGUGGCGUUCCACUGCAUCCUGAGUUUAUAUAUAGUCAACCAGUAUCUUGUAUGUAUUUCCUGAAGUGCUCUCGCUUGUUGGGAAAGGGUUCCUUUGGUUUUCCUCGUAAGAAAAAGACAGCGGAUGAAACAACUCUUACUUCAACCUCUACAGGCAAGAAGCCUGCGGGCAAAGGAGCCAAGAAAGAGCCGAGCAAGGACUUUGAAUGGCGGAAGAUGAGUUUUGUUACUGGACUGCCUAAGAAACAACCUGUUGUACGCUACAUUACAGCUACAUGCUAUAGUCGUGCAACGGACGUUGCUGCAAAGAAGAAGGUGUUCCGCAUGCAUGCCGUCAUGCUUGCUGAUGACAAGGGGACUGGCGAGAAGGGGAAUUAUGUUCUCGUGCAUAUUCGUGCGGGAGGGUGCAAGCGCGUUGGUCUUCGUGCUACCUUGGCUGAUGCUGAGGGGCAGGCUUUAGCUGAUGCUGAGGGGCAGGCUUUGGCUGAUGCUGAGGGUGAGGCGUUGGCUGAUGCUGAGGAGCAGGCCAUGGGACCAGCUUCGCCGGAUGCUCAUGGAAUUGGAAAUGCAAAGCAGAAGGCAGACUUGCUGUGUAUGGGAAGACCUGUGUCGCCUACUAGCGUUGCAGUGUCUUCGUAUUCGAGCUCGACGGCGUCUACUUCUCCUCAUAACAAGAAGUUGCUGCACGCGGAGUUUCCCUCCAGUCAGGGCGGGAGCUCGGACCAUUUGACGAUGGCGUUGACAGGAUCGCCGAUGAAGGUGAAGAUGACAUCAACUGUGACUCGGCAUUCACUUUUUACUACUUUAGAGGAUCCGAAUGUCACUUCGGCACGCUUGGCGUUGCGCGAUAUGAUCUUGAAGUCGUGUACGUCGCCAGAUGAGAUGGCAAAGUAUGUCAUGGGUCUUCAGGAAGAACUUGCAGCGCUGCAGAGCCAGAACCAGUGA